AUGACUGCUCCUGCGCGAUGGGUGGAAGAGCAAGAACGUAUCCGUAGUAGAGUAGUAGUUGGAAGCUGCGAGCGGAAGCCCUAUGAAUGCGAGUAUGUUGGUGGAUUUGACAUAACCUCUGAUCCGACGCUCAAGGAGGACUUCUGCGUUGCGGGCCUAGUGAUAGUGCAUUUGCCAAGUCGAUCGACAGUGUAUGAGGACUAUAUAUCAGUUGAUCUAAGUCAACCAUACGUCCCAGGGUUCUUAGCAUUCAGGGAAUGCGAACCUAUGCUGGAGCUAAUUCGACGUGUCCCCCCUGAGCAGCGAUUAGAUGUGAUAAUGGUGGAUGGUAAUGGUCUGCUACACCCAAGGCGAUGCGGUGCGGCGUGUCAUUUGGGAGUGUUGGCUGAUAUACCCUCCAUAGGUGUCGCUAAGAACUACUAUUGUUCAAUCCCUGCCACACCAUCUCGAGAUGAGCUGAAAGAUCGGGCUCGACGAGAACUUUGCGGGAUGGGGGACUACUUUUUUAUUGAGGAUGCUGAUGAUGUUACGUCUCUGUCGGACACCGCUUGGCAUUGCAAGAUUGCAUAG